AUCCAUCCAGGAGCUCAGAUCUCCAUGUCUGGCGAUCAAGAUCACCGGCCGGAGCACUACAACUUCAUUUUCCACGAUGAACCCUUUCCGUUCAUCGACCACAAGCCGUCAUCCGGAGCUCCCGGUGGCGGUGCUUAUUAUGAGUACCACGAUGCGCCGCAGCUGGCAGCAGCACCGUCGACGACGACGUCGUUCUUGAGCAUCACCGACUUGUUACGGAGCUCGAUGGUCGACUACAUGGCGGCGGCGGCUUCUAGUGAUUUUGGCUUAUCAUCAUCCUCUUGGGAGCCGCCAGCGGCAGGGGGGACUGUUGGUUCUGAUCUGAUGUUGGAUGUAAACACCUUGAGUGCAGCUGGUAAUAUUCCUCCUCCUCCUCCGACGACGACGCUGGGCUGCGGUGGCGGAGCUUCGACUCCGCUAACGCCUAACUCAUCUACUUCUUCUUCGUCCACUGAGGCCGGCGCCGGCGAGGAGGAGCACUUGAAGCCGGAUCAAGAGGAGGUGAAGCAACAGCCAGAGGAGGUGGAUACAGAUCAGGGCGAUAUGUCUAAGAAAUUGGACAAGCCCAAGAAGAAAGGCGAGAAGCGAGCAAGAGAUCCAAGUUUUGCCUUCGUUACCCAGAGCGAAGUUGAUCAUUUGGAAGACGGCUACCGUUGGAGGAAGUAUGGUCAGAAAGCAGUGAAGAACAGCCCUUACCCAAGGAGCUACUACCGUUGCACAACGCAGAAGUGCCCCGUAAAGAAGAGGGUGGAGAGGUGCUACCAGAAUCCAUCAAUCGUGAUAACAACCUACGAAGGCAGACACACUCAUAACUGCCCCACCGCGCUGAGGGGGAGCGGGCACUUCUUGCCGUCGCCGCUGCCGCCGCUGCCGCCUUCUCAGGUGAUGCCGGCGAGCUUUUGCCAUGACCUGAUGAUGCAACAAGUACUGCAACGGUUGGACGACGACGAUGACAAAUUUAGCCAGAGAGGGGGUUUAAACCCUAGCGCGCUUCUGCAAAAUUUGCCACCUUCUCUACAGCGCCUGCCAUUUCAUGACUUUGGUUUCUUCCAUGGUUGACGGCGCCGGCCAACUACCGUCUACUUCGACGUUCCUUACUAUACGCGUACAUGCAUGACUCAAGUGUAUUCAUAUUUGAGAAUUAAAACAUUUUCCAUCAUUCCAUUAUGUAAAGGAUAGGAGAAUAUUGUAUGUUGAUUAUGGUCAUCGGCACAAUCUGUUUUUUAAAUUAUGUGAAAAGAGAUAAAUCAUAUGUUAAUUUAUAUAUCA